CCAAGAGCAAGGCAGAAAAGCAGUAGGGUGCAGCUGAAGAAACCUCUCAUACUCAUACCCAACCUAACCACUUUUAUCUUCUGCAAAUCCUUCCCUCAUCGUCGCGCAAUCGCAGGAACCCUCCGUCCCUGAAUCUCCAUGACUAACCAAGCUGAAUCGUCUGAUUCGAAGGGCGGGAAGAAGGACUACUCGACGGCUAUUUUGGAGAGGAAGAAGGCAGCGAAUCGCCUCGUCGUCGAUGAGGCAGUCAACGAUGACAGCUCGGUCGUCUCCCUUCACCCCGACACUAUGGAGAAGCUCCAGCUCUUCCGUGGAGACACUAUUUUGAUAAAGGGGAAGAAACGAAAGGAUACUGUUUGCAUUGCCCUUGCUGAUGAGGCCUGUGAAGAGCCAAAGAUUAGGAUGAAUAAGGUUGUCAGGUCAAACUUGAGGGUUCGGCUUGGAGAUGUUGUAUCUGUGCACCAGUGUCCUGAUGUCAAAUAUGGAAAGCGUGUCCACAUAUUGCCCUUGGACGAUACUAUUGAAGGCCUUACUGGAGAUCUUUUUGAUGCAUACCUGAAACGUAUGGCCUUAAUGGAUGUUUAUUGUUCAAACGGUAUAACACUUAAACUAUUUGCCUGUCUUAUACUCAUCGAUUAUUUUUCUGCAGCUUACUUUAUGGAAGCAUAUCGUCCCGUGAGGAAAGGAAACCAUUUUCUUGUGAGAGGUGGGAUGAGGAGCGUGGAAUUUAAAGUGGUCGAGACUGAUCCAGGGGAGUAUUGUGUUGUUGCUCCUGAUACAGAGAUCUUUUGUGAAGGAGAGCCUGUGAGGAGAGAGGAUGAAGAUAAGCUGGAUGAGGUUGGCUAUGAUGAUGUCGGUGGUGUUAGGAAGCAGAUGGCACAGAUCCGUGAGUUGGUGGAAUUGCCUCUGAGGCAUCCUCAGCUUUUCAAAUCUAUUGGUGUGAAACCACCGAAAGGAAUCUUACUUUAUGGACCUCCUGGUUCUGGAAAGACCUUGAUUGCCAGAGCAGUCGCUAAUGAAACUGGUGCUUUCUUCUUUUUGAUAAAUGGGCCAGAAAUUAUGUCCAAAUUGGCUGGAGAGAGUGAAAGCAACUUAAGAAAGGCAUUUGAAGAGGCUGAGAAGAAUGCUCCAUCUAUUAUUUUUAUUGAUGAAAUUGAUUCAAUUGCACCAAAGAGAGAGAAGACACAUGGUGAAGUUGAAAGGAGGAUUGUUUCUCAGCUAUUAACUCUCAUGGAUGGGUUGAAGUCUCGUUCGCAUGUCAUUGUUAUGGGGGCAACUAAUCGCCCGAACAGCAUUGAUCCAGCCCUUAGAAGGUUUGGUAGGUUUGACAGGGAAAUAGAUAUUGGUGUUCCUGAUGAAGUUGGACGCCUUGAAGUUCUUCGGAUUCAUACCAAGAACAUGAAACUUUCUGAUGAUGUUGAUUUAGAGAGAAUAGCGAAAGACACCCAUGGUUAUGUUGGUGCUGACCUUGCUGCUCUCUGUACUGAAGCUGCACUGCAGUGUAUCAGAGAGAAAAUGGAUGUGAUUGACUUGGAAGAUGAUACGAUUGAUGCAGAGAUACUGAACUCAAUGGCUGUUACAAACGAGCACUUCCACACUGCUCUUGGAACAAGCAAUCCCUCCGCGCUACGAGAAACUGUUGUUGAAGUGCCCAAUGUCUCCUGGGAGGAUAUUGGCGGACUUGAAAAUGUCAAGAGGGAACUUCAGGAGACUGUUCAAUAUCCAGUGGAGCAUCCAGAGAAGUUCGAGAAAUUUGGUAUGUCACCUUCAAAGGGUGUUCUGUUCUAUGGUCCUCCUGGAUGUGGCAAAACUCUACUGGCGAAGGCAAUUGCAAAUGAGUGCCAAGCCAAUUUCAUCAGUGUUAAAGGACCUGAAUUGCUCACCAUGUGGUUUGGAGAGAGCGAAGCUAAUGUCCGUGAAAUAUUCGACAAGGCUAGACAAUCUGCUCCGUGCGUCCUCUUCUUCGAUGAGCUUGAUUCCAUUGCUACACAGAGAGGCAGCAGUGUAGGAGAUGCUGGUGGUGCUGCCGACCGAGUUCUCAAUCAGCUUCUCACUGAAAUGGAUGGCAUGAAUGCCAAGAAGACUGUUUUUAUAAUUGGGGCUACUAACAGACCUGAUAUAAUCGAUCCUGCACUUUUACGUCCCGGUCGUCUUGAUCAGUUAAUCUAUAUUCCUCUGCCAGAUGAGGAUUCACGCCAUCAGAUCUUCAAAGCUUGUAUGCGUAAAUCACCACUAUCCAAAGAUGUUGAUCUCCGAGCUCUUGCUAAGUAUACUCAAGGAUUUAGUGGAGCUGAUAUCACAGAGAUAUGCCAGAGGGCUUGCAAAUACGCCAUACGAGAGAACAUUGAAAAGGACAUAGAAAGAGAAAAAAGAAGAGAGCAGAAUCCUGACUCCAUGGAAGAAGACCUUGAUGAUGAAGUUGCAGAAAUCAAACCUGCACAUUUCGAGGAGUCCAUGAAAUACGCCCGUAGAAGCGUGAGCGAUGCAGAUAUACGCAAGUACCAGGCAUUUGCUCAGACUCUUCAGCAGUCCCGCGGAUUCGGAACUGAAUUCCGUUUCCCGGAAUCAACGUCAGCUGGAGGAGCAUCUGGGUCCGACCCAUUUGCUGCCCCGGCUGGUGGAGCAGAUGAUGACGACUUAUACAGUUAAACGAUGAAGACUCCUUUGUUCUACCCUCCCCACCCCACCCCACCCCACCCCCCUAACUUUUACGAGAACUUUCGAUACUUUUGACUUGCAGAAUUUGUCGUUGGUUUGGCUCAACUUAACUUUCACCGUAUUAUGACAGGUGCCCUGUCGUACUGAUACUUUUUAUCGUAUUUCUAGCACUGUUUUAACAAAUGUUUUUUUUUUUUUU